UUGAAUAAUAACAAAAUAACAUUAUAAUAUUGAUAUUAUAUCUAUUUUUUAAGAAUUAGAACCGUAACUAGACAAGAUGUGGACUGACCACAUAAGCAUGUUCAUUCGUAAAAUCGACUCAAUUUUAUUUAAUUAACAACCAUGGGCACCCCUGGAUUAGAACUCGGAACUCUCUGGAAAAAUAAACAAAAUAAUUGCUAAAAAGUUUGCCCUUCGGAACCUAGAUUGCCUGGUUUUUUAAGUAAAAUACCAUGUGUAAUGUGUUCGACCUCCUCUCUUCGCUGCCUCCUAGCAUCCCAUGAACUCCGAUAUUUCCUUCUGACUGCCAUGUUACUAUGGAUGAUGCACGGUCGCCCCCCAAAACAUACCGCUUGUCUUCCGCCGCCAACCCAAUCUCUCCGGCCGCCUUGUCUUCGCCGGAGCUCCCCUUCGUCUGGGCUCGGAUUCGGCUGGCCGACAAGCAGGACGUCCCCAUCAUCCACCGCCUCAUCUGCCAAUUGACCGGCUUCCUCCAUUUCAAUCACGUCUUUUCUGCCACCGAGUCCUCCCUCUCUUCCACCCUCUUCCCCACUCCCUCCCCUCCGCCGUUCCUCUCCCUCACCGCCCUCCUCCUCGAGCUCUCCCCCUCUCCCAUCCCCCAACGAGACCUCGAGGACGAGAAGGAAGAAGACAGAGAAGAGAACAAAACCGGUUCUGUCGUCCACCGAAUCGAGCUGGCGGCGCCGAUGGCGGACCCGGAGGCAGAGGCGUUCGCAUCGCCUAGGGGCCGGGGGCUGGUUGUCGCGGGGUUCACGCUGUGCUUCCCCAAGUACUCGGCCUUCCGGGCGAAGCCAGGGCUGUACGUGGAAGGCCUGUUCGUGAGGGAGGCUUGGCGGCGGAGGGGGCUUGGGCGGAUGCUCCUCUCGGCGGUGGCGACGCAGGCGGCGAGGAUGGGGUUGCCGAAGGUGGAGUGGGGCGUGCCCAACUGGAACGCCGGCGCCGUCUACUUCUAGGAGGGGAUGGGCGCCGUGGAGCAGCGUGACGGGAGGCACUUCAAGCUUAGCCGGGGGGCUUUGAAGAGAUACGGGACAGAGGCGGAGGGAAGUGGCUCGGAUGACGCGUGCGUCCCUGGACCUGAUCAAGCCUGAAUUCUAUG